AUGGAGGAAGACGAUGACGAUCUCUACGACCCCGCCGACUCCUUUCCGCCUCAGCAGGAGCACAACAACUAUAACCAGAGCACGGAAGACACGAAAACUGGAGACUCGUACGAGUUUGAAGAGGAGGAAGAGGACGAUGAUGACGAUUUCAAUAUUAUUACAGAAGCUCCUGCAGAUGCAGGUCAAAGUCUUGCACAUCCACGACAUGCAGCUUUAGCCGGUGAAAACCAGCGAUUCGUCUCAGUCGAUAUCAAACCGUCAACACCAACAGUUCCCCUAAAGGCUGAGAGCACUACACCCGCGCCUAUUCAAGGCAGACCGGUAGCGACCUUGAAGCCUGGCACAGACUACCCAGCCAUACACACAUCUACGAUCGACGUGAACGGAAAUCCCAUACAUCCCACCACAGGCAAACCUAUCACUUCAACAGAUCUAGAUACUGAUUUCCCCACAGAAGAUGACAAGCCAUGGAGGCGGCCCGGUUCAGAUAUUACGGAUUUCUUCAACUACGGUUUUGAUGAGUUUACAUGGGCGAGCUACUGUCUCAAGCAACAACAACUACGCAACGAAGUCACGGAUCAGAAGAAACAACUGGAUGAAAUGCAGGCGUUCAUGUCGAUGGGAGGAAUGCCCGGAAUGCCAGUUGCGCCUACUCCAACACCAGCUCCGCCCGCUCAAGCCGCUCCUCCUGCUGCAGGUAUGGCAGGUAUGCCUGCCAUGCCCGGAAUGCCGGAUAUGUCGCCAGAUAUGAUGCAGGGAAUGCUUGCGAAUAUGAUGGCUCAGGGUCUUGAUCCGUCGGCAAUGGAUCCGAUGAAUUUUAUGCAACAUAUGCAGGCCAUGAUGGGUGGGGGACAACCGGGAGGUGGUCAACAGAACCAGGGAUACCCCGCUCAAGGCAACCAGCAGCAGAUGGGCUAUGGAGGUUAUAAUCAACAGGGAGGCUACGGUGGAGGACGCGGACGGGGUGGAGGUCGAAGGUGGUGA